GUCUUCACCGCGAGUUUGCCCUCGCGUCGCGCGGCCGUGCCACUCCGCCGGCUACCAGGAGUAGCUGCACGUGCUUUGCGCCACGGGUACGAGGUGAUGAGCGCCGGCCUGCCGAGAAGAGGAAGAAGCGAUCGAGAAAUCGUGGCAUUGCGACUUCCGACAGUGGCGGCUUUUCCCGGAGGAAUCGGAAGUUGAACGCGUGGUUACCAGUGAGCCCGAGUAAGUGGAAGUGAAUCCAGCGACGCGGGAUAUCAUUAAAAAGAUCCCUCCGCGAGGACAUUUGGCCCGAAAGAAGAUCGACCGAUCAGACUUGUCGCGGGAUAUUGCUUCUGUGCGACCAAUUACGAGUGCGAUCCUGCUGACGGGAUGAUUAAGCCGUGAUCUUGCUGAUUGAUCGGACCUUUAAAGGAGCCAAGAAACGCGCGCGCUCCCCGAGCAAAGGAAGAACAUCCACCUCGCGAUUCCAUCAAGGACAGCCGACCGCACGUUGCGCGGUUAUCGGAGCGGAAUAAAAAUAGGGAACGGACGCACGGAAGGAAGUUCCGAGAUAAAGAGCGGAUCAUCGGUUCGCACGGGAAAGGUGGUCGUUGAGAGAAACCUUCCUGUCGUCAUCUGACGACCUGUCCUCGUAGGUGUACCAUUAUACAGUCCGCUUCUUUCUCGCUUCCUCUUUCGCUCCUUUUCUCUGUCUCUCUAUCCGUCUUUCCGGCUUUCGUGUCGCAUCCACGUCUUAUUGCCGUGAAAGCGAAGUCACUUCCUGCGUGAGUCAAGCGCGCGACGCACGACAGGACGACGACGUUUUGCCAGGACUCGAGGUGCGGCAAAACGUGACAUCGAACUCGUGAUGUCGGCGAAUUGAGUCGAGACCAACGCCGAGGAACAUUAAGGGUAGACCGAGGUGAACGGAAAACGCUACGAGGCUAAUUCCGAAGACACGAGGGAGAUCCUCGAGAAAAUCGAAUGCCGCUCGGAAGCUGAAGAGUAUUACGAAUCAACGGUACAAAAAAUCAACAGAUACGGCACGUGAUCCUCCGUCGUCAUGCCGCACACUGGACAAGCCGGGGUGAAUCAAUUAGGCGGCGUCUUUGUGAACGGCAGACCGUUGCCGGACUGCGUGCGCCAGAGAAUCGUGCAGCUCGCCAUGGUCGGCGUCAGGCCGUGUGAUAUUUCCCGACAGCUACUCGUGUCCCAUGGUUGCGUCUCCAAGAUACUCACGAGAUUCUACGAGACGGGAAGCAUCCGACCUGGCAGCAUCGGCGGAAGCAAGACGAAGCAAGUAGCUACGCCGACGGUGGUGAAAAAGAUCUUACGGAUGAAACAAGAACAGCCAACAAUGUUUGCUUGGGAGAUCCGCGAGCAACUCGCGCGACAAGGAGCUUGCGAUCCCCAGAGCUUACCCUCCGUGUCAUCGGUCAAUCGUAUUCUUAGGGGUGGCGGGCUUCACACCGACAUCCCUGCCAUCGAGAGCGGCGCAUCCGGAGGAUACACGUCGCAGAUUCCGUCGAACGCUGGAGCCAGAGAUGCACUUAUGAGAACGGAUUAUCAGUUGUUCUAUCCGGGUGCUCUAGGACCGUUGCACAUUUCUACGAAUACCGGCAAUACCGGGACGCCAUCAUGGAAUCAAAGCUUCUACUCGUCCCUCUAUCAAGCGACAACCUUGCACUUGCAACAUGGGAUGCAGUCCUUCGCACCUUUGGAUGCCGAACGUUUGUCGGAGCAAACCGGCGCGCAGAGUCAGCUGGAACUGAAAUCGAGCUCGAGCUCGACGGCCGGCAGCGACGACUCGCUGGACAAGAGCGACCUGGAUGAGAACCUGGGCGAGGCACAAGAUCACUACAAGUCCUUUCGGAGCACGCCGAUCAUUCUAGAGCUCAGUCAGAAGAUCGGCAGCGAUCGAAGCGCGUUCGUCAGGCACGGCACGCCAAAUUCGCAGGCUACGAACUCGGACAAUCCGCGAGGAAGCCCGACAGCGAUCGUCGAGACGUCAAAGCGGGAUUACCCGACAUCGCAUAGAAGUCAGGAAGCGAAGAACACGAGUGCGAGCACGACGACGACGACGAACGAAGGAGCGGCGGUAGAGAAUCAACCGCCCCAGCCGCAAAAGAAGAAGAAUCCCUAUUCGAUAGAGGAACUGCUCAAGAAGGACGAGAACAAAUCCGCGUCCAGGAGGCCUAGAUUACCCAACAUCGGUGUGGUGCAACCUUGCGGGAUUAUCGUAAGCAAGGAGAUCUAAGAAAAAAUCGAGGAUGUCGAGAUCGCCCCGAACGAAGGCUGUAAGGCAAAAAUACUUGUUGCUUUGCGUGCUUACGCAAAGUACGAACUAAAUCGAGAUUCAUCAGUGGUGAAUCCCCGGCCCGGACGAAUGUUACAUGGUGUGAGCAUAACACUGUUGACUGUAGGUACGUGUGUAGUAUUAACAGGUGCAAAGAAAAACCGUAUGAAAGGUAUUCGAUGAAAAGCUGAGCAGCGGAAUUGAAGAUUGAGUAUUGUCGCAUACUCUUGAAAGUAAUUUCUUUGCACCAGAUGAGUAGCCCUUGUGAGUGCAGUGAGAGUAGCAAAUAUCAUAGAUGUCUUAGAGUAUCGAUUAAGGGAUACGACGGAAGGGAUUAGAAGAUAUUUCUGAAUGUUUCUGAAGUUUCUAAUUCCUUCUCCGCGAGAGAACGCGGCUGUUCUGUGAAGUAAAAUAAAAGAAUGGUACGCGAAGC